GCCGCGCCGGGAAGUUGUGCUGGGAGUGCUGUGAGUGCCGAGCCGAGCCCGCCGCCGAUCCCGCCAUGUCGGGCUCCUCCAACGUGGCGGCCAUGAAGAAGGUGGUGCAGCAGCUGCGCCUGGAGGCCAGCGUGACCCGCGUGAAGGUUUCUCAAGCUGCAGCUGACUUGAAGCAAUUCUGCCUGCAGAAUGCACAACACGAUCCCCUACUGACGGGAGUAUCAUCAAGUACAAAUCCAUUCAGACCCCAGAAAGUUUGUUCCUUUUUGUAAUUAUGUGAACUACUUCAGUAUCUUUCAGUGAUCUUUUAGCAUCUUUUCCUACCUGCUGAUGUGUGUAUGGGCAGAGUGCCUCAAGGAGUGGCCUGGUUUGAAGUCUGUAAAAAAGCUUAGCUUUAACGUGCCAAAUCUAACUCUAAAAGUGCUACUGUCGUCAAACUUCUUACCAUCUACCUCUCCAGAUGAACUGUAUGCUAGUUACGUACUUCUGUUUCAUACGGGAAUCACUUUUAUAUGCCAAGCAAAAAAUAAAAGUUUCUUGACUUAGUCUGGUCUUGAAAUUACUGUAAGAAUUGGAUUAACUUCUGGGCAUGGUGGCAACUCACAGUCAGUGCAUCACUGUAGCAGCUGGAGAGCAGAGAGAGGAGUGUAAAUAUUCUCUGCUGCUGCAAGUGUGCCUGGGGUUAACAGUCCUUCAGAACAAUGAGGCUCCAGCAGGACCAUACUUAGAAGCAUAACAGAAAUAGAACAGAAAAAAAUUUGAGCCUGUUUAUAAUUCAGCUAUACAGCUGUGCCAUAUCAUAGACAUCACAUUAAGACAGAGUAAAUUAAUCUUAAUCUUAAUGAGUAAUUCUGCCCUAGGAGAUAACUUACUCUAUGUGCCUUCUUAUUCAUUAGGUAAAUAUGAAAAAGCACUUACAGCUGUAUGUGGAAAGUAGCUCAAAGAAAACUUGACCUUUUAGCUGUCAGUGAAAGUGCCAACUUAAGGCAAAACAGUAGUUUAUGUGCAGAUAAUACAAACUCAAGUGUUGCUGUGAGGCUGAAGAAGCAUUUUUAAAAUUUUAAUGGGGAAAACCCUGCUCAGAGACCUCACAUAGUCACUGAGUAGCAUUUUUAGAUAAUAGCUUUACAAAUGUCUGUCCUGUAAGCGUGUUUUAUGAAUUCUUUCCCAUCCUUUCAACUGCUUUGGGUAUACCUCUUGUCAAUGUGAUACUUACAGAAGAGACGCCUGUAGGAGUUAUGUGUAUUGUUUUUGUAACUUCAGCAACAUGCCUAUUUUAUGCAAAAUGCUAAUGAAAUAAAAGACCAUGGACUUCAUGGAUUGCAUACUGCCUUCUCCGUGUUCUCUGGAUAGGAGAACCUUUUUGGAAAACUCCCCAUACUGUCAGGGAACAGCAAACUGUAAGUUAGAAAUAAGUUUCAAAUAUUUAUCUCUUACCUGAUUAACUGAAGAUGUCUGGGUUAACAGAAAAAAUAAAACUGAACUGUAAAACUAGAAAUAUUUUAUUUUGAAAAUUUCUUUAACCAACAUAUUUGCUGUCUUUGAUGUUGUGAAGCAUAAUCGGUUUCUACAGCACAGCAGCACUUCUGGCAAAUCCUUAGUGAUGGCUAAAUGACAAGUUGCUCAAAUACAGCCAUAGUUUUUUCCUGCUAAACUGGAAAAAGUCACUGUCCUUGUCACAUUGGCUACAAAUAGGAAGAGAGUCACAUCCUACUUGAUCUGGUGCUGUAGAAAGUUUUAAUGUUUCCUGUUUGUCUUUCUGCAGACAGAUACUGUUCAGUAUCAUUAUCAUUAGUUAGUAGUCCAAGAUCAUCCAUAGUUCAAAGCAGCUGCUGUAUUCCU